AAGUCUCUUAUCUCUCUAUCCACGAAACAAUAGAGGAAAAAAAUAAAAACACAAAGAGCAGAGGAGACAGACAAAAUGAGAUAAGGAUUUGAAGCCUCUCACCUCUUUCUUUCUUCGUUUCUCUCUGGGCUUAUUUUUCAUGCAAGAAAAUUUUCACUGAACUUAGCGGUUUUCUCGCCUUAGUUUCUCUGGCAGAAUUUUCGCAGAGCAAGGCGAACUAAAGUAAAGUGACAGUUUUUAGGCACAGUGAAGAUGGCUACGAUUACUUCUUCUUCUAUCAGCAAAGCCUGGCUCAUUCCUGGAGCCGCUUUUACCGUAAAGAAGAACGAUUGUUCCAUCAAAUGCUGCUUCUCGCGUAAAGCUUGCAAACAGAUACCAUCAUCAACGCAGAGACUCGUCUUGCCUCUUUCGACUUCACUUGGAUUGUUUCCUACUCAUGGAAGGCAGUUUGUGUUGCAUCCUCAUCGUAGUAGAGCCACGGGGACUGAUGUUGUGGCAGUAGAGGAACAAGAUUCUCCUCCUGUUGCUGACGAGAAUUCAAAAGGAGCAACCGAUGCAAAUGACAAGUCAGAUGCUGCUCCUGCUACUACUACAACGUCUCAGUCAAGGGGAGCACCAAGACCAGGGAGGAAGAGCGAAAUGCCGGCAGUUAAAAACGAGGAGCUUGUUGCUGGUGCUACUUUCACUGGGAAAGUACGAGCGAUCCAGCCCUUUGGUGCUUUCGUCGAUUUUGGUGCCUUCACAGAUGGAUUAGUCCAUGUGUCUCAAUUGAGUGACAACUUUGUUAAGGAUGUUGCGAGUGUUGUCUCUGUUGGGCAAGAAGUGAAAGUAAGGCUAGUGGAAGCUGACAUUGAGGGAAAACGUAUUUCUCUUAGUAUGCGUGAGAAUGACGAUCCUCCCAAACGCAAUUCCGGUGGUGGUGAUAAGCCGAGAGCCGGAGGGAAAAGGAAUGCUUUAAAAGGAGGGCAGAAGAAAGAAGAUGGGUUUAGCUCAAAGUUUGCGAAAGGGCAGAUGUUGGAUGGAACGGUGAAGAAUCUAACGAGGUCAGGAGCGUUUAUAACGAUAGGAGAAGGUGAAGAAGGGUUUCUACCUACGAAUGAGGAAGCAGAUGAUGGGAUUGGAAGCAUGAUGAUGGGUGGUGGCUCUUCGUUAACAGCUGGACAAGAGGUUAAGGUCCGUGUGUUGCGGAUAGCAAGGGGACGUGUUACUUUAACGAUGAAAGAGGAAGAUGACGGUAAGUUUGAUGAAACACUCACUCAAGGGGUUGUGCAUACAGCCACGAAUCCAUUUAUGCUUGCUUUCCGUAAGAACGAAGAGAUUGCUGCGUUUCUUGACAAGAGGGAGGAAGAGGCAGAGAAGCAAACUGCUGAGAAACCAGUAGAAGCUGAAGCCUCUAUCACCUCUGAUAAAGUCGAGGAAUCGUUAUCUGAAACAUCUGAAGAAACAGAUAAAGAGGUUCUCUCAUCAGAGACUCCCAAGGUAGAAGAAGAAGUAGUGACAGAGGCCAAAGCUGAAGUUGAUUCACAGGAAAAAGAAGAGCCAACGGAAACACUAGCUGCAGCAGCUGAAGCUGAAGAGGUGGAAAAGAUUCCAGAAGAAAAUGCCAAUGUGAUGAGUUCUGAGACAGUAACCGAUGUUCCUCCAAUUCCAGAUACCAAAAGUGAAGAGGAAAUCUCUGAGAACUCUAUUCCUCCAAAUUCAGUCACAGAUGAAGUUUCAUCUUCAGAAGCUUUACCCAGUGAAGAGGUUCAGAAGGAGGAAGUGGUGGCUGAAGUACCUGUUGCUGAAGCCGAGACUCCUACCUCUGUAGUCACAGGAGCUUCUUCUGAGGAAAGUGGCAACAGUGCUACUGCAGAUGAAAGCAUCAAAGGGGGCAUUUCACCAGCUCUUGUGAAGCAGCUGAGAGAAGAAACAGGGGCGGGAAUGAUGGACUGCAAGAACGCUCUCUUGGAGAGCGAGGGUGAUAUGGUCAAAGCUCAGGAGUAUCUCCGCAAGAAGGGGCUAGCGAGCGCAGAUAAGAAAGCUAGCAGAGCCACAGCCGAGGGAAGAAUCGGUUCAUAUAUCCACGACAGCAGAAUUGGUGUCCUCUUGGAGGUUAAUUGUGAGACGGAUUUUGUCUCACGUGGCGACAUUUUCAAGGAACUUGUUGAUGAUCUGGCGAUGCAGGUGGCUGCGUGCCCUCAAGUAGAAUAUCUUGUCACAGAAGAUGUUUCCGAAGAAAUUGUGAAGAAGGAAAAAGAGAUAGAGAUGCAAAAGGAAGACCUUUUAUCCAAGCCGGAGCAGAUAAGGGAGAAGAUAGUGGAAGGUCGGAUAAAGAAGAGGCUAGAUGCACUUGCAUUGCUCGAGCAACCAUACAUUAAAGACGAUAAGGUGAUAGUGAAGGAUCUUGUUAAGCAGAGGAUUGCAACCAUUGGAGAAAACAUCAAAGUAAAGAGAUUCAUCAGGUACACUCUCGGAGAAGGCCUUGAGAAGAAAAGCCAGGACUUUGCUGCUGAGGUUGCUGCUCAAACUGCAGCUAAACCAAAAACUGAACAAGAGAAAGAACAGCCAAAAGCUGAAGAGCCCAAGGAAGCUGUUGCAAGUCCAGCAACUGCAGUGGUUUCAGCUGGUCUUGUUAAGCAGCUGCGCGAAGAAACAGGAGCCGGUAUGAUGGAUUGCAAGAAGGCAUUGGCGGAGACAGGAGGAGAUCUUGAGAAAGCACAAGAAUACCUCAGAAAGAAGGGUCUUUCAACGGCUGAUAAAAAAUCAAGCAGGCUUGCAGCAGAAGGGAGAAUCGGCUCGUACAUCCACGAUGCUCGGAUUGGAGUUCUGAUAGAAGUGAACUGUGAGACUGAUUUUGUUGGAAGAAGCGAAAAAUUCAAGGAGUUGGUUGAUGAUCUUGCAAUGCAAGCAGUGGCUAAUCCACAGGUGCAAUAUGUAUCAAUUGAGGAUAUUCCAGAGGAGAUUAAGAAGAAAGAAAAAGAGAUAGAGAUGCAAAGAGAGGAUCUUUUGUCGAAACCUGAAAACAUUAAAGAGAAGAUUGUUGAAGGAAGGAUCUCAAAGAGGCUUGGAGAAAUGGCAUUGCUUGAGCAGCCUUACAUUAAAGAUGAUAGUGUUCUGGUUAAGGAUCUUGUGAAGCAAACGGUGGCUACUCUUGGUGAAAACAUCAAAGUCAGGAGGUUUGUGAAGUUUACUCUUGGAGAAGACAACUGAGAGAGAGAAAAUUCAAUUUUUUUAAAUAAGGGAGCUCUCUUUUGUCGUGAGUUUUAAAGCAAAGUCUUCCUUUUUUUUGUUUUGUAGACAAAAUCUUCAGUAUUUCACCUUUGAUUAGUUUUUAAUCAAAAAGCUGUAAUUUUUUUGUUCAUGAAAUGAUGAGAUUGUGCAUU